AUGGCUACAGUCUGGGGGAACGAGGACGUAGCCUGCUACUUCACCACGAAGCAUUCGUGGCGCGGAAAGUAAGUUAACACUUUUGCUCAUUAGAUCGAUCGCCGCUGGCAUGGAGGCUUGCUUAUCGCGCGUUUCAACAUUUCAUAUCCAGUUUUCUGACUCUUUUGCAAACCUAUGUUCUCGUUAUCACUUGCAGAUACAAGAGGAUCUUCUCCAUUGGAACGAAAGGAAUUACAACGUACAAUCCGUCUAACCUCGAGGUCACAAAUCAGGUAUCCUCAAACCCCCAUCUCCUUACCCCUGUUUGUAACAGUGUACCUCUUUUUCCGCAAUGAGGUCAUUUUGUUCCGGAGAAGCACUACAACGCAAAUGGUAGAGAGUUAAUUUUUUUUCAGCGUUUAGUCUCAUAGACUGUCUCAAGAUCUUUUCAGUUUCAUUUACUACAAAAGUUAAUAAUCGCGGCGUCAUCAAAAUGUGAAAUAGAAAGUCACUUUAUUUUUUACAAUGUUACUAAUAAAUCGGCUGAUCAUUUAAAAAAUCGCGUUAUUUUCCUAUAUUAAUUAUUCCAUUGCACAGAAGAAAAUUUUCAAAGAUCAAAACUUUUUAAUCAGUUUUGUUUUAUGGCAAUCAGUAUUAGCAAAUACGACGUACAUGUAGAGUAAACUUCAGUCUUUGUAUCCAGUAUACAGUAGUUCUCAUACAUUAUCACAUCUUACAACAAUGCCUCUUACAGCUUAUAGAAAGUGAAACCGUUCUAUUAUUUCAAUUUCCAAGUGCAACAGAAAGUUAGCACAAUGUAACACCUUAAGUGUCCAUGAAUGAUGAAUUACAUAUGCAUCUUCUGUGUUUGCUUUUGUUUUAUGAUCAUGAAUUUGACCCCAACAAGUGACAAGCAUCUAAUAUCUCCUUACAAUAUCACCCCUGAAUCAAACAUUAAGUUUAUGAGAAUAAAGGAAAUAAUCACCAGUUAAAGAAGCUCUUGAUUGUUAAACAAAUUCUCUUGGUCAACACCUUGGGAAAUGUAUAGAGAACAGUUUUUAGAAUAAGUAUACUGAUGUGAGGAUACAAAGAGUUAAUGGGCUGGUUGAAUAAGCCAUACUGGAAUGGUUGUAGUAGUAUAAUUAACUCCAUCCCAACAUAAUAUGACCCAAGUCAAUCUGGUGCAGCUUGAUCAGGUCCUGGUGCAAUUCACAUGUAACGUAAGCCCUUUCAAUUCCAGCAGUAAUCACUGGGUAGUUUCUCUUUACAAUAAUGAUACAUUUUCUGGCAGAAUGAUGACGAGAAGUAAGAAAAACAAUCAGGGAAAACUGUUAGUAAAAGUGGUGUGAGCACUCGCCUCCCUUUAUUGUGCCUCAGGUCUGAUUCCCAGCCUGGUGUCAAUGUGGGUAGAGGUUGUUGUUGGUUCUCAUCCUUGUUCUAAGAGUUUUUGACUGGGUCCUUUAAUUUUCCUCCAUCCACAAAAAUCAACCUUUCAAAUUCCAAUUCAACCAGUAACAGUGGACAAGAGGAGCUACCUCAUGGAAUGUUCACUGUGAAAUCUCAUCUCAAUAACUUCAGUUUCUUUUAACCCUUUAACUCCCAAGAUCUGAUUGUUAAUUCUCCCCUCCAGCUUUUACACAAUUUCUGACAAAUAAGUUACUAUUAUUGGUAUAAGAUUCAGAUGACAACUUCUACUCAAUAAGUUUGGGUAUUAUCUUUCGCCUUUUGCUGGAUAAUGUAUGGAUAUUAUAGGGAGAAGUUUCAUGUUAGUCACUUCUGGGAGUUAAAGGGUUAAUUAGAAACUUACCCUUCUUUAUUAAUGUGUGCAAUAUGAGUCCUUCUUUUGACCAGCUACCUGUUUUUUUUUUUUCAGUGGGCAUACAAUGACUUCUGUAGAAUUGCACCAAGUGCAAAGGCUCCUAGUGAGCUGAUCAUAACUAUGAAGAAAAGUAAGUUGCAGAGAAAUGAACAUGCUAAGUGUAUUAUCCUGUGUAGAGUAAAAAUUUCGCAGGUUAUUAAAUUUCAGAGAAAAAGAGUUCAAACUCUGGUAAAAUUUAUUCUGCUAAAAUUUCUACAUGCAAGUCAAGCACUGAUUUGUGUGGUAUUCAGCUUCACUUGAAUUUUCUCAAAAGUGCAUGUUUGACUCAUUUCAUUAUGAAAGUGGAAAUGAAUGUUUUUGGUUUAUGUUCAUGUUAAGUUCAGUCUUUAGACAUGUUUACAAGAAGUACUGCACGUUUACAUUGCCAAAAUUUCAGCAAUUUUAAAUGUAACACUCUUUUCUACUACUGAAAAGGUCAAUCUAUAAAGUGUAGGUGUUAUUUUGAGAUGAGAUUUACUUCGCACAGUGUAGUUAGAAGUAGUGAUAAAUAAAAUUUGGUUCAUUGUGUUUAUUUUCAGCUGGUGCAAGUAAAAAGAUCCAGAGUAUGACAUUCUCCACAGAGCACAGGGCUGAUCUUUUGACAGAGGCUCUUGUAAGUUAAAUGAAGAGUAGUUCACUCUGAUUUGGCUGUAAUACUUUCAAAGUGUAAACAAUUUGUCUUAUAGUAAGUAAAUUUGAAAUUGUCUGAAUCAUUUUUACAGAGAUUUCGUAAAGAGUUCUCAGACUUCAAAGCAGGAAGUGAAGUGGUAAGUUUUAAGUCAAAUAUGUUCUAGAAUCAGAUUUUUCUUUUUGGAGCUGUGAGUGUCCAGAACCCUUUGUUGGGUGUUGGGUUUGGGUUGUCAAGAAGGGGGAGGGGAGGAGGGGGAGGGGAGGUGGAGUGGAAGGAAGGAGAGAGAAGGGAGGGAGGGUUAUAAUGAGUAGUGCCUGAAAAAUACAUCAAGUUGAUCUUAUUUUGACUAUUUUUCACAUAGCAGUGUCCAGAAUCCCUUUGAUAUGGUUACCAAUGUGCAAAACAAAUUGGCCAUGUUAUUGGGGUGACCAUGUUACAGUUACAUUUUUUUUAAAGACAAAGGGCGGUAAUUAGAAAUAUAUGGCAUUCUCACUACCUGAACUGUUCUCUUCAUUAAACAACCAGAAUCUAGAUAUAUGUGUAGUAACUGUAAAAAAUUCUUAAUCUUUACUGCUAGCUUCUCCUUUCAAAUUGUCUUAUAUUCCUUUUAUAAGAAACAGAGAGAAGUUAGGCUGUAUGAAAAAUCACUUGUAGUGUUUUAGAGAGCUCCCAAGUUGUAAAUAAUUUUCUGAAAAUUAUAUGAAGUUAUGUUGUGUGCAAGAUCAUUUUAAUUAAUAUGUAAUUUCAGCGUUUCAAUGGAUACAAAUAUCAUUGGAGUGACACAAGGCUGCCGAUAGUGUUAGAGGUAAAAGAAACACAUUAGUUAAUACUUGACUUAAACCUCUUGCUGCUACACAUUUUCUUUUAAAUUAGUCAUGAGAAUUUGUUGCUAGAUCAAGAUAACAUCUGCUAGAUAGGUUUAAGUAUUCUCAUUUCCUGUUAAUUGGAUAAUGUAUGGAGAUUAGAGGGAGAAGUUACAUGUUAAUCAGUUCUGAGAUUUCAAGGGUUAAACGUGAUUUACUACCUGUAGGUUACACCUUGUUCUUUGGACCAAAUUGAUCCUACAACAAGAGAAAAGCUGUGUUCAUAUGAUUACAAGGAUUUGGAGGGUGUUGUGCAGGUCAGUGUAAUGUAAAACAAACUUUUUAUUGAUAUAAUGUACAUGUACCACUCCUGUACUUCAGUAGGGGUCUAUGCUCAAUUUAACCCUUUAACACCCAGAUCAAAUUUGUAAUUCUCCUUACUGUCAACCAUACAGUUCUUAUAAUGUUAUUUCUGAGAAUUUAGUAUUGGAUCAACUAAGUAUCCCCAAAUUGAUAUAUUUCUUUGUUCUCACCACUUAUCUGUUUGAUAUUGUAUUGAUAUUGUAAGGAGAAAUUCUGUCUUGGUCACUCAUGGGAGUUAAAGGGUUAAGGAUUUAGGUGUCAGGAAAAAAAACACAAAAAACAAAAGCAAACAAAAAAUAAAUUUUUCUGUUCACAAUCAUUUGUGCUUUCCUCAAUGUAAGAUUUAACCCAAAGCACUAGAAAUUAAAAUGUAAUAGCUUGCCAGAUGAACACCCAACACAGGUCACCAAAUUACUGAAUUUUACAGAAAAUUUUUUGGACAAAUUUUCUGGCCAAAUUUUGUCUUCCUCCCUUGGCGACCAGAAAUUUAUGGGUUGCAGCUUGAAGCACAUUCAGAAUGAGGCAUAGUACAUGUCAAAUUUGUUGACUAAAGAUCCCUUUUUUUAUUAUUCUCUAGGUGUCAGACUAUCCUGGUGGAAUUGCCAUUGUUUAUGGUGGUUUCAGUAGACUUGUAAGUUGCAUUGUAUCUUAAUGGUGACAAUAAUAGAUUUUGAAAAUUUUUAAUGCUGUGAGAAUUUCUCCCAUAGUCUAUUCUACAAGUUCAAUGGACAAGAAAGCUUUUCUCCAUCUUUUUGAUAUUUUUGUUACAUUUCAGCAUCUCUUUGCACUGGAACAGAGAGAAGAGUUAAUGAAGAAAAUGUCAGAAUAUGCAAUGGCACAUGUUGGAGUUGCAAUCAAGUGCGUAGAGUUGAUUUACAUGUUAUUGAUAGCAAAUUGGAAAUUAUGAUUAAUUAUAACUAGUCUUUGAUGUCUCCCAAGAGUUGACAGAAUUUAAACACCAAAGACAACCCUGUGUAUUUUCCUGUUACAGUCAUGAAUUCUUCCUGCUACUGUUUUUUCACUUUGCACCACACUGUAUUUUUCCAAUGGAUUGAAUCUUGUUUUACAAUUAUUUCAGUAUAUGAAUAGGUUUCUUUUAACACGAGUUGAAACUCUUUUACUGAAAGUAGGAGAAACCAUAGCAGUAAUAUACACGUCUAUCUUUGUCCUUUCUACAGACAGAAAAGUAAGCCUAUAACAUUUGAGCAAUUUCAAAGCCACAAAUUUGGAAAAUUUAGGUAAGUUGAAUGUUACAUUUUUAGUUAAGUUUAUUACCACUUGCAAAUGUGUGAUUGACAGUUUCACACACACCCUGUGAAGUGAUGUGGAAAUCCAAACUUCUUUCCACCUACUUUUCAGGCAUUUUGAUGAGAUGGUAUAAUCACAUUAUGUACUAGUAAGAUUAUAUCAGCACAGUGUUUUUACAAGAUAUUGGGUUAGUGUGGGAGAAGUAGCUGUGGCUGAAUGGCCUACUUGGCUUGAAUUAAGACUUUACCAUUUUCACUUUUAAUACAUAUUUUUCCACAGUGAAGAUGAGCACAUCACAUCCAUAGCUGAGUUCAAAGUUCAGAAAAUUUCACCCAGACAUCAUGUAAGUGUUCAAUGAUAAUGACCAAAAAUUAAACCUUUGAAUGACAUUAUGUGACUUGUCCACAUUUAAAUUAUUUAAUUGUGUUAACUCUCUAACAAUUUCAAUUGUGCUAAGUUCUUUUCUUUUGUUUACAAAAGGACUUCAGGUACAAUUUUACUAAGUUUGAACAAUUGUGGUGACCAUUUCAUUUGAUAGAUGAUUUUUAUGGUUAAGAUUUAAUUUAUUCAUAGUUUUUUAAUCAAUCCUUUACACCCUAAUAUCAGUAUCCACAUUCUCCAUACUCUUCUCUAUACAUUUCCUUUGGUACUGACAAGGAGAAUUGUUUAACCAUUUAACUCCCAUGAGUGACCAAGACAGAAUUUCUCCUUACAAUAUCAAUACAAUAUCAACCAGAUAAGUGAUGAGAAUAAAGAAAAAUAUCAAUUGGGGGAUAAUUAGUUGAUCCAACACUAAAUUCUCUGAACUAACAUAGAAAGAAUUGUAUAGUUGACAGUGAGGAAAAUUACAAAUUUGAUCUGGGAGUUUAACAAUCAAAGUUCCCUGCAUGUAAGUUGGUGAUCAUUUCCCUUAUGCAACAUGAUCUCAAUUAAUGACUCAGCACUGUAACUGUAAGGAGAAAUUAGAUACUGGUCACUCAGGGUAUAAUGGGUUAACCAAAUCAAUUUAAUUUUUUGACAAUGAUAUUAAAGGUAAUAUAUGAUGUGACUUUCUUUUACAGGAUCCUGUUGUUCGCACAUUGUGUCUAUCAGAGACAUGCAUGAUAGAAAGAGACCCUGCAACAUACAUUAUUGUGAGCUGUCAUCCCCUCUCUGAUGUAAGUUUCAAAUGUAAAGUUUCUUCUCACUUCUGUGAUCUGGGCACAAAUUCUUCCAACAAGUGAUGUACAUGUAUAAUUGUCAAUUUUUCUUUUAUUUUCAGGUAUUUGCCAUCAUCCGUUCAAAUGAUAAUCCUCAAAUGUUCACCAUAGAGUUUGUCCGUGGAGCAACAAAGAGGUUCAUGUCAACUGAAAGGUAACCAGUCAAGAAUAUGUACAGUUGUUGUACAUGUAUGUAACUCUUUACUUCUAAGAUCUUAACACUCCUUAUCAUUAUUAUUGGAAACUAGAAUGAAAGAAUUUGAAUUUGUUUAAUUUUCUUGCAGGGACUCACUGUUGGCCAGUCUGCUUGAUGGAGUUCGUGCCAGCGGCAACAGGGAUGUCUGUGUCAAAAUGAAACCUACCAUUAGAGGUUUGCCACCAUUCAUAACAUACAUGUAUAACUUGUACCUAAAUUGUUCUCAUGUGUAAUGGUCCACUUGUGUGUUUUGGUGUGUAAAUGUCUUUAUGGUGGUGUGUAAAUGCAUGCAUGUGUGUAAUCAAACAAAAACAUUAGCUACAGAAGGUGUCUGCAAUUCCUACUGACUACAGAUGCAAAACAUGCAUUCUGCACAUCAGCACAUGCAAAUACUCGUAACAAAAAGUGUAAACAAGAGAGGAUAAAUUGCGUGCUCAUUUAUAUGACACAGAUUCAAUCUGUUGGAACUCUUGAAUUGUGCACUGAGAUAAAGUGCACAUAAUAAGAAGGAAGACUUCCAACACUCCAAAUUCCAAUUUGAUCUGGAAGCAGAAGACAAGAAGAGCCAUCUAGAGGAAGUCCAUCAUUAAAUUCCAUUCAUUUAUUUUUUACUCAUUUCUUUAUUCUAAAUUAAUAUAAAUACAUGAAAAUUUGUAGAAUAUUUAUUAUGAACUCUUCUGUUGUUCUUCUGUUGUACAGGUUUUAGAUUUGCACCAGUCAUUUCAACUGUGGAUGAGGAAGUUGAAAGUCAACAUCUCAGAUUUCUUGCAGUUCCUCCAGGUACAUGCUGUCAUGUUUGCGAGCAAAAAAGCUAUCCAAAACUGAGACGAUAUCAUUCAAUACCACUAAUUUUAGAUCAACUGUUGCCUAGAAAGUAAAAAAAUGACUUUGGUGCAAAAUAAACACUUGUAACUUUAAUUGGAGCUAACCAUUAAUUUUAUCCCUAGAUAAUUCUGUUAUGACUUGUACAUAUGGAAUCAUGUAGGGUUUCCCAACAGAAAAGCCAUCACUUUUUUCCAUGUACCUACUGUUCAGUGUAUUUUCCUAUCAAUGUGUCCUGACUUCCUCUCCUGACAAAAUGUUUUUUUAACUUUUACUGAUAUUUCAUCAUGAUUACCUUUUUUUAGCAAAAUCUGUAAUCAGUUUAAAUUUCCCUCUUUUCUUUCAUACAGCCACAUUUGCAGAAGCAGUAGAAAGAUUUAACAGCAAUAUUCCUUACAAUGGAUUGCUCCAUGCAGUCACACAAGAUGUAAGUACAGUGGGUCACUCAGUGUCACCUUUUGUCUCAGUCUCCUCUUUUGUGACCAACUCCUUUUUUUUUCCUAGUCUUAAACUAUCUAUUGUUUGUAUUCUCUGCAGGGGCUGUUUGCUGAAAACAAGGAAAAGCUCAUAACAGGAGCAAUCACUGCUCUUUUAGCAAUGGAAGGUGAGACACCCUCCCAUAUGAUGUGUAUAUCAUAUAAAAAAAAAUUGUUUUUCAAUGAGUACUUAUUAUUUACUUAAUCAAAAUUUUAAAAAUUCUGGAACUUCAUUGGUUAUCACCAGCCUGGUUUGAGCACUAAUACGAUGGUGUACACGUGAUGCUUGUAAUAGGACAGUUGAUACAUCAUGCCUGUGUAAGUGGACAGUACAUGUCAUGAGUGUGUGCUGUUGAUGUGCAUUCUACCAAGUUAAGUUUUGUUUUUUUUUUUUAAAUGAAUAAUCUAGUUUCUCUCUCAAAUUUUGUCAUAAUUUUGAUUAAUUGGUAACAGGACUUCAUUCCAUCCAAUUCUGUUCAUAAUCAUACAUGUGAUUAACAAAUUGGACUCCUGCUUUGUGGCUGUACAAUUUUAUUAAUCACUCGUAUGAUUACAGACUGAAUUGGACUCCACUUAGUCCUACUACUGUUAUUAAUUGAAUUCCACUUAGUCCUAUCACCAUUACAUACCUUCUAAAGGUUACACUGUUUCAAUGAACAUGUUUUUACUAGGUGAUCAGAACACCAUCUCUGUAGAAGAUUUAGAAGGACAGUUUCAAGCCAUUCGCAGACUUGUUGCUUCAAAAGCAGGAUUUGAAGCCUUCACAACUCUACCCAAGUAAGAUUAUCUUUAGUUAUCAACUUGUUUUGAUAUAUUAUGGAACUUUUGAAACAUGUAUUUUCUGACAAAUGAAAGAGCUAAAGUACCCCUCACAUGUACCGCAGCAUUACAUGCACUUGAUGCAAGUGCAAAUCCCAAGCACUGCACACCUGCAAUGCACUAACUUGCAUGUCACCACAUUCACCUAAGUGCGGGAAAAAUGCUUGCAUGUUAGUAUGAAAUGGAUGUAAAAAAACAUGAAAUCAAUCAACUCGAACAUUAAAUUGCAUGCACUGAGACAAAAGUGGUCAUGACAAGACACAGAUUGGAUUCAAAAUUCUUUGUACUGUACAAAGCUGAGUUGUUUGACUUUCUGUGCAGAAGUAGAGAAGAAACAAUGAUUUCAAACUGCAUCAAUUAUGCUCCUAUUUAAAAUUUAGGACCAACUUUGUAUGAUUAUAAAGACAAUGCAUGCAGUAACUGUUAUUCAUGCACAGAUAAAUUCCAGUUAUUAUCAAUGAUAAUUAUACUUUACGGCAUUUAAUGUGUAACAGGUUCAGAGACAAGCUCGGAGUGAAGGUUGUAAAAGCUCUGAAAAGGAAUGAUGAUGGAGUCACACAUGCUGCUAUUGAUAUGCUCUGUGCUUUGAUGCAGGUGAGAGCAGAUUAAGUUGUUAUUUCCUACUGGCUGGGUUAAAAAAAAUAAGAGGAAAAUGUCUGGGUCAAGUGAAUUUUUGGCAGGAAAAUGUUUUUGUUCCAUCUGUGAUAACUAUAUAAUUCUUUGAAUUUUAUAUUUUUUCAGCCCAUGCACGACAAUUAUGACCUCAGACAGGAACAGAUGAAUAAGUCUUCACUUGUGUCAUCCAGGAAAUUCCUUGGCACGUUGUUAGAUAUCUUCACUACACAUGUAGUAAGUGCCUUACACUUUUCAUCAGUCAGUCCUUUCUUGUGCAUCUAUGCACCUAAAGGCCUCUGCAUGAGAAUGCUAUGAAUUUCUGCCAGAUGCCAUUCGGUCAAGCUGCUACCAUGUCCAACCUCUAUCCCUUAUUUCCCCUUCUACAGUUCUCUUUCAAGUUUUCUUGGGGUAGACUCUCUUUCAUUGGCCAUCAGGAGUCCAUUGCAGGGUGACUCUGGGCAUUUCUGAUGGCAGCAUUCAGAGCACAUGCCCCUCAUCCAUCAGACUCUGCAUGAACUUUUAUCACAACUGUGAUUUAACAUUGAAUUCUUUCCAUGAUAAACAGUUGCUCUUCAAAUUUCAGGGCAUUAAAAACCUUCCCCCAAUGUAUUUGUGUUGAUAAAGCCUCCAUAUUGUCAGAAAUGGAAGCAUUCUGACUCUUAUUGUGUUAUUUCUUUUUCAGAAUAGAAGCACAGGGGCUCUUGUUGUUAGUUCACUUUUGGACUUCCUUACAUUUGCAUUGUGUCCACCAUACAGGUACAUCUAACAUUUUUCAAUCAGUUGCUACAAGCAGUAUUUCUGCCCAUAAUCAUAUAACCAUUACAUUUUUCUCAAAUAUGAUUGAUGCCUCAGUUGGUUUUUUCCCCUAAUAAUUCUGUAAAGUUGUAAUUGGACAGUUAGCUGUAAUUGAACACCUGUAAUCAGACAAUUAAAGCAGCCAAUCAGACAGUGGCCACCCAGCUAAAUCCACCAAUCACAAAAUUGAUUACAAUAAUCAUGGCAACAGCCACUUCCCUAAAAAACUGGAGAAUUUUCAAAAUGGUGAAGUUAUUAAUUUUACUCCAGGAAAUGUUUUGGAUAUUAAUGAAUACUGAAAGCCCUUUCUCAAAGGAAUGUUAUUGUUUGUUUCAGAUAAUUAUUGUUAGUAGUGGUUAUGAUUCAUUGGCAGCAGGACUUAAUGUUGUCCAAUUCGGUCUGUAAUCAUACUCUUUAUUAACAAAUCCGACUCCUGCUUCACAGUUGUCACAUUUUGUAAUCACUGGUACAGUGUAUGAUUUCAGACCAAAUUGGACUCCUCUCAGUCCUAUUACCUUUACUACUGUAGUCAUUUAAGGACUCUUGUCUUGAUUAAUCUCACAACUAUUUUUACUUGUCCUUUUAGCGAAACCACAGAAGGAACACAGUUUGACACUUUGCUGGAAAUGGUUGCAGACCUUGGGCGAAAUAUUUUUAGGCUUUUUCAGGUAUAUUCAUGCAGAGUGUAAUUCAUUCAAUAUUGGGGGAGAUUAUCACAAUGAUAAUCUUGUCUCAUGGCUAAAAUAGAGAGUUUUGGACUGUGGUAUACACAUACAUGUACCUCACAAAUUUUGAUCAGUGAACAAUGAUGGUUCUAUCUCAGACUAACUAAAAGCUCUUAACACUAUUUCAAUCCUUUAGCAUCCAUCCAUGGCAAUUGUAAAAGGAGCUGGCAUGGUUAUGAAAGCUGUCAUUGAGGUAAGUGUUAAAACUUUUGAGUAUAAGAUUGAUUUGAAGAUACUGUUCCUCUAAAUGUAGCCCUGCUCACAUUUUACAUCUGAAAAGAACUUUGUUUUACAAAUUUGUUGUUUAAGAUGGAAACAUGUAGAAAAUAUCACCCAGUCUGCGACUCUAAGAACGUAUUGGCAUGUAAAUUAUUACAGUAUGAUUUAAAUGGAGUUAAUUGUUCAGAAAGUUAUUAAGAAGGAUGAGGUAAGACUGUCCCCUUCAACUAUUUAAGUUUAAAGUUUUUGUAACAUGUCUGCUACAGGAAGGAGAUUCAGAGAUUGCAGCGAAAAUGCAGGAUCUUGCUUUGGCGGAGGGAGCCCUUCCUAGGCAUCUUCACACAGCCAUGUACACACAAAGCACAGACAGUAGGCUACUCACAAACAGGUGAGAUAUGCAAAGAAAAAUGUGAUUCAUUUGUCUCAAGAGUUGGACAAUGAUUAAACCCGGGUCCUCCACAAGGAAUCUGACCUCUAACUUUCCAUUCCCAUGGUGAGAUGCUCUUCUACUGAGCUAGCUUAAGAGAACUCCUUGUUGAGCCUGGCCAUGUUAGUACAUACACCACAUGUUUAUAUGAGACAAGUGUCCUACAAAUAGUUAAGAUUGGCAAUUUGGCAGUUUAUGGCCUAGGAUAGUGCACCAAUGAAUUUUCUGUAGCACUGCGAUAGUGCUUCAGAGGGAAAAAUUGGAAGGUCUGAUGCUUAGAUCCUUUGAAGGAACUCAGAUUAAGACGAAGUAUAAAGUUAAUUAUCACUGUGUGUGAAUUUUAGAAACAACUUAUGCUCAAUGUUACCUUUGUUGCAAACAGUGCAAACCUGUAAUAUUUGACAGGGCAAUCUUGCGCAUGAUUCUUCUGUUGAAACUGCAGGGAUAUCAGAACAGGUGUUUUCGUGCUGGAAUUCUUUAACCAAUAGAUAUACUAGCCCCGUGCUCCUGUAACAUUUGCACAUACAUUUGUCUGUUCAUGCUGUUUAUGUUUAAAAUAAAAUUCCACUUUCAGGAAUUCUUGAUAAUAAAAUUUAGUUGAAUCAUUUGAAAAUUCUUAGAAAACUAAACUACUGCAUGUUGUUUCCAAAAUAUUGUGUUAAAUUUGACAAAAAAACUAUUUCUAUCAAAACAAACUUACUAUAACUUAAUUUGAAGAUGCAUGUAAGUGUAUAUCACAUAUAACAGAUAUAACAUUGUUUAAAUAACAUUACUUGUCAUAAAUACAUAUUUUUCCUUCGAAAGACACUCACUUUGUAUGCCUACAGAAGUGAGUUGGGUAGGAAGUACUUGUAUAAUUGUCUACUGUGCGUGUGAUAUGGAUUUUGCCUUGUGGUUUUUACAAUUAAAAGUUUGUAGUUUGCAAUUUUGUUUUCAGUUUGUAAUCUUCAAAUUGGAUCUUUCCUUUACUGUGCAUUUUGAAAUUUAAACCAGUAUAGUUAUAAUGCAUGCAAAUACAGUUUUAGAUCAAAUGUACUGUUUAUGUCUGAUGAGUCUUUAGCUCUAUGAUCAGCCUUAAUUAACUUAUAGGGAGAAUUUCUUCUCCUGGAAAAGAAGCUAGUUCAGUGUAGGUGACUCCCCAACAUAGAAUUUACUUUUACUCUUGGGAAGAGAAUAAGAUUGUGAGAGUGAUGUAAAUGUAUCUUGUCCAAGAAAGUAACUCAGCUGUCCUUACCAGAAACUGCACCCAGUUCUCUAAACAUGACUCAGAGGCAGAGGCAUCUCAUGCAAAAAAUUAACUUAAUGAUAACAAUGAUGCUGUAUAAUUUUUAUCCAGCACCAAUGUUAUUGUUAAGUUGAUUUUUAUUUUGUUGAGAAUUUCCUCCUGUUGAAGUGGCUUGAAAAAAAAUGUAGUUUCAACUCCUUUUUCUAAUCCCAUGACCCCAUAGAUUGAAAUUAUUUUUAAAAUAAUAAAACAGGAAUGCCGCAAGGAACUGCACUCAAGCAAUUCAAUUAGAUUUAGUGGUCCCGACCAAAAACAGCACUUUCCAAGAUAACGCGACAAAGCUAUUUAACAAUUUACCGGAAUCUACUAUAAACUGUAAAGAUUAUAGAACCUUUUUAAGAAUUUCAAGGAAUUUUUUAUGUAAUAGAUUACAGAGUGAUUAGUUAGUUUUACUUUAAUUUCUAUUCUGUUAAUCCUACUUCUACUUUUAAUUGCAUAUUGCAUAAUUUGUGAAAUAACCUAAUUUGAUUUUUUUUUUUAAAAAUUUGAUUUUUUUAUUUUGAUUGUAAUUGACACAUUUUCACAGGGAAGAGCCACCUGGUGGAUCUGUUAAUUAACCAUUAUUAUUAUUAUUAUUACUAUUAUUGUUAUUAUUAUUAUUAUUAUUAUUAUUAUUAUUAUUAUUAUUAUUAUUAUUAUUAUUAUUAGUGUCCGAUUUGUCCAUAUGCAAUGUAAUAUCAACCCUGAAUCAAAUGGUAAGGUCACAAGAAUAAAGUAAAUAAUCAUAAACCGAGAAGCUCUUGAUUGUUAGACAAAUUCUCCUUGUCAGCACCUUAGGAAAUGUAUAGAGAACAGUAUGGAGAAUAUGCAUGCUGAUGUUAGGGUGUAAAGAUAUCAAACAUUACCAGUAUUACUCAUAUUAGUUUAUCCUGUGCUAUGCUCUUCUUUUGAUGAUGUAUUGGGGUUUUUUCACCCACAGGCAGCUCAGCAGACAUUUGGUAACCCUGUGGGUGACUGGCCAUCCGACUGCGAUGGGUCUUCUGAAGAGGAUCAUGGUAAGAGUUUUCUUUAUAGGUUAAAUAGUCUGGGAACAGUGUCUCAUUGGCCAUAUGGCAGAAGCUGAGACUAACCCGCAGAGCAUGCGUGAAGUUUGAGGAGCGAGUGCACAGUAUUUUCCUGGUGAAAAUUAUAGCUGGCAUCAUCUUUGAUUUUUACAGCAGUGGAAGGCUGGGGAAAGUAAUAAUUUUGUACCAAGUGGCUGAGCAAUGGUCUAAAGGAAGGAGAGGGGAUGGGUGGGGUAAUAGGAAUCGUCUUUCCCCUACCCCCAUCGUCCACUCCAACUAUAAAUCAAACAUGGCUAACCGUAUAAACGAUCAUGAACUAGUGACGCUAACUUGCCCGAACGAGACGCAGACUUUAACAGGGUCAUCUGUCCGCAUGCGUCAAUUAUCUUAAGUCUCAUUUCUACCAAGAUUAGUCUUAGUCCACGAGUAACUGUGCACUGUAUGUGAACUGUACUUCAUGUACAGAGAGCCUUAGUGACGAGCUUCUGAUGUGAUUUUACUUAUGUCCAUUUCAGCCUGCGGGUCUAAUGAACUAUCUUGAAUCAGAGGAGAAGGUUAGAUUUCUUUUGUUGAAUAUUGCAUAUGUUUAGUUUUAGAUAUCUGUUGUGUAUGUAAAUCAUCAUUGAAGAUGUUGUGGUAUGAGUUCUUUUUCCACCCCUUUAAUUCCAAACCCUCGUCAAUAUUGUUUGUAAUUCCUCUCACUCUCUGCCAUACAAUUCUUAUAAUAUGAGUUUGAAGAAUUUGGCAUUGAAUCAACUAAUAAUCCCCCAGUUGAUAUGUUUUUAAAUCUCAUCACUUGUUUACUUGACGCUGUGCUAAUAGUGUGAUGAGAGAUCCUGUCUUGGUCACUCAAGGAAUUGAAAAGGUUAAGAGAGGGUGUAGGAAUGAAUGAAAUUUGCAACUUAAUGUCACCAUCAUCUUUUUAAAUACAGGUCCCAGAAGUGGAGUUAGAUAAACUGCAUGUCAGAGACAACGUCAAACUUGCUGAGGUAAACAUAAAAAUGUUUUUAUACCAAGACAAUAUACCUGUUUGAGAUCUGACUUCGUUUGAGCUCUGAUGUGAAGGCAAAAAAGAUGUCAUUAUUUUUUCAUAAGUGUGCAACAAAGCAAAGAACAGCAAAGGAAGGAAAGUCUGAGACAGUCAAAAUUGAUGUUCUGCUACUGUGUUACAGAUUUUUUUGCUGUGUGCUCAGCCAUAUACUACAGUAGGUUUAUGUGACAUUUUCAUGCGUUUGAAAUUUUUUUGUUUGGAAUUGCUGUUUAAGGAUUCUUCCAAACCCAAGAAACAUCAGUACCUUGUGCAACUGGAUGUUGUGCUCACUCACUGGAGGACGAAAAUGGGACUGAAAUCAAAAGAAGUAAGAUUUAAAUUCCGUUUUCUUAUGGAACUUUCCUAAGUACUAACAGUUACUAUUGUCUGGUUAGAUCACAGUGAUUAAAUAUAAAUAGCUUAGGUGAAAGAGUGAAGGGGAAUUGUUAUAAAAGCCUGUUAAAAGGCUCGUUUCAGGAUUUCACCUUGCGGCACAGCCUCCUAUUACAACAUCAGGAGCCACUCAUGGUAAAAGUUAUCAAAACCCCUGCAAUGAAGUGGGUGCUUGAUGGCAACAGAAGUGUAGAGCUCAUUGAUGAUGGAGUGGCUGACUAAAGUGCCUAUAACAAGAGUGGUGGAGAUGUACUCCACUGCACUGCAAGGGAAGGAGAUGGUAGCCUGAGAUGUAUCAGCAUCUGUAACCGGAACAAUUUUUGCAGUCAUCCACAAUUUACUAAGGCCAUCCUAGCGUGUGUAGCUAGCGGCAAGGCAACAGAAGGAAUGUGUACUGAAAGACUUACUUAAUUCUUUUUAUCACCUUUUUAGCCAAUUUUUCGUCAAGAACCUAACAACUGCCACCUGCACAGGCUAAGGCCAUCUUUAUUCCCACCUCUUUUCUUUACAUCUCAGUCUUCAUAGCUGAAUACAGCAAUGUGGAACUUGUGCUGUUCUUAUGACAUAGUUCUACUCUACAAGCUUGAGUAAUAUUUACAUAACAUUUCUCUGUAGACAAACCAGAAACCUGUCAUUUUAAGGAAAAGAAGGCAAAGAAUCAAGAGUGAUGCAAACUGGGAACUUUUCUAUUACAAGUAAGCGAGGAGAACCUUAACCCUUUAACUCCCAAGAUCUCAUUGGUAAUUCUCCUUACUGUCUCCCAUACAGUUCUUGUGGUGUUAGUCUGGAGAAUUUGGUAUUGAAUCAAAUUAUCAUCCCCUAAUUAAUAUUUAUUUUUUUAAUUCUCAUCACUAGUCUGCUUGAUAUUAUAUUGAUAUUGUUAGGGGAAAUUCUGUCUUGGUCACUCAUGGGAGUGAAAGGGUUCAUAGGUUUUCACUGAGUCCAACAUUGACUGUGUUAAGAAAAAUAAGGAAAACCAUGCAAACUGCUUCUAAGUAACGACACAAAGGUCGCAAUAAUUCAAGUCAACAGUUACAUUACAGGGCGUUGUUUUCUUUCGCAUUGUGAAAACAAGCUGGAAAUGAAAGAUGGCUAAUACUAGAAAGCUGACGAGUGGAAUAUUUGUUACGAAACACAGAAUAUGACACCUAGCGCACAUAAGAGUGUUUUCUUCGUGGGCUUUGAAAAGAUAGAUGUGCUAAUGAUCGUAGUCAUGUAACCUUUUCAAAAUACGCAAAUGAGACUGUGAAAAAAACACACAAAACACACAUUAUGAACCCUGCUUUUUUUUUUCAUAGAUUCAAUCAAGAUCAUUCCAUGCCUAAUCUUAUCUGGAACUACAAGGUGAGUUCUGAACAUAAAGAAGUUGUAGUUUCUGCAACCGAUUAGUUCGUUUUUCAGAAAGCUUUCUGACUGAAUUGUAAUUGUUGUUGUUUGAAAAUGUUUUUUUCAGACGAGGGAAGAACUGAGAGAAGCCUUAGAGGCGGAGAUGAGAGCAUUUGCCGUGGACAAGGUGCAGCAUCCAAUUUUUUUGUUCUUGAUCAUCUCUUGUAUGUGUCAAAUAUGUUAAAUCCAGAUACCACAGAAGUUAGAAAAGGUGAAAAGAUGAACGCAGAAUGCAGUAUAAUUUUUUCUAGGAGUGGUUGAGUAUUUAAUCUGUCGGGAGUGGUGGUCUUAGGAUCACGUGAAAGUACUCUUGUGCAUACAGCUCAAAUGUCAGCGGCUUACGAAGUGAGCAUCCUGUUUUUUAUGAACCUGUAAUAUUUGACGGUGCAUGCCUCUGAUGGUUGUACCGUUGAAACUGCAGGGAAAUUAAAACAGGAGUUUUUCGUGCGGGAAAUCUGUACCCAAUAGAUUAAUUCGCCCCGUGCUCCUGGGACACGUUGGAAUAAAGUUAGGGACACUUUGUAGAGCAUCGUAAACGUUACUACAUGAAAGUACUUCACAGUAGCUUUCAUUUGAACGGUCCCACACUUGGACACUGUUAACAGACUUAAUAGCUACAUGUAGAACCACCUUGUAAGUUAGUAGGUAAUUUAGUGUUAACAACUGGGUUGAAAACGUAAAUUAGCCACCGUAAAGAGUGAAAAAGCUGACGUUUCGAGCGUUAGCCCUUCGUCAGAGCGAUUGAAUCGUGUUUUUUGGACCUUCUUUUUUCCGUUUGUAUUGGGAGCCUCAUAACACCACCACCUUGAAGUACGUGAUAAAAAGUUCCGCAUGAAAGUAGUACUUACUCGCUUUUCCUUCAAUGGUCACACGCACUGGGAUUUUAUUCACAGACUGAAGAGUUAGAGCCACCUUGUGCCGCAUGAUAAACAUUACCCAAUGAGAGAACUCUUAAGGAAUUUUCAUUUGAUUAGUCAUCCGCCUACCCCUUGUACAGCAAUAAGGUCAUAUUUUCUAAUCUCUCAAUGACUCAGGAUCUUGGAUCAAAUCAUGUCAUCUCUUGGAAUCACCAAGAAUUUGAAGUGAGAUACGAGUGUCUUAGUGAAGAGAUAAAAAUUGGAGACUACUACCUCAGGCUGCUUCUCGAGGAAGAGGAAGGAAAAACUAUGAUUCACAAUUCGUGAGUACUACACUGAUACAUGGUUAAGUCUUUAAAGUCUAGUUACUCUUGACUGCUAGAGGUUCUCCCUGUUUCUGUAACAUAGAGUUACAAGGAGGUUUUCAGGUUACCCUGUAAGUGUUCGAGACGUUUUUCGGCUUGAAAGAUCGCCGUUACCUAGCUGUACUCUUGAUUGGAAACAGGCACUCGUAGAGUGAAGUGUUUUGCUCAAGAAUAAAACGCAGUCGCCCAGCCAGAGCGCAAAUCUGGAACUUUCAAACUAGACUCCGUUGCAGUGACAACUAAGCUACUCGCCUGCGCCUUAACAUUGUGUGUGUAUGGCACAUUGUUUGCUCUAAGCUAAAGCAUUUCCUCUUGUCCUUUUUGUUGUUUUCAGGUUGGAGUUCUUCAAUGAUCUUUACCACAGAUUUCUUCUCACUCUGAAGCCUGCCAUGAAAGCCAUGUGCUUACAAGUAAGUAACAAUCAUUCUGGUGAAAGGAACGCUUCUCGUAUAAUCGAAUAAUUUAUUAGCGUGUCUUCCUUUCUUUACCUUGUGAACUCAAAUAGCAAACCCUUACCGUGUAUCAAAAUGCAAGAGGUCAAGUUACGACUGUUUUCUUUUGUUUUUGUGGCUGAGUUUAAUUAUGAUAUGCGCACACGUGUGAGACGGCAGGAAAUUGAAGAAUAACCAGGGAAAAGAAGGUUUCGAGAUUUUUAGUUGCACUAUCUUAUCUUUGCUUCAACGAUGUGUUCCGGAAUAAAUUGUAACACAUCAGACUUGUAUGUUUAUAGUCAACUGAAAUAGCAAUGAAAAUGAAAGCUAAACCAUUGUAUAUUCGCUAAUGGGAUGACAUGAUGUUAUACUUACAAAUGUGUCUACCAAUCCCUUGUCCUUGCCUGCUUUCGUCGCGAUUUAGACUUGCUUCCGUAACUCUUUCUUUUUGAUCCCCUUUCAGAAGGUUUUUAGCGUCUUAUUUAACUUGCUAGGGUAAUCGAAUUUCGUGCCUCUUCAAGUUGAGGCAAAUAUCUUUGUAACUACGCAAAACAAUGUAAAUUAUAUGCUCGAAGUUCAGAUAAAAGUGGUUCAGACUUUGGUAAGAGUUGUCGUCUUCUUAGAUAACUACAACUAGACAAUAACAAUGCACAGUAAAGCAAAAGCAGCCCAUUAGUGAAUUACAUUUGGAGCUGAGUUGAAAAUUUAUUUAAUCGUUGUGACUAAAUUUGCUUCUCGAAAAUAAAUGUUGUGACCAUGAUUCUCGUAAAAAAGUUUUGUGACCAUGAGUAAAACCAUUUGUCCUCUUUAUUCCUUUUGUCAGGCCAUGACCAAGGUAUACAGCAAAUGCUAUGAUGAAAUUGGUGCCUUCAAUGACACACGAUACAUUGUUGGAAUGCUUGAGAAGGUAAUUUCAUUAGCUCUUUCCCUUCCAAGAGUGACAAGCACAUUAUUUGUCCAAGCCAUAUCAAUACAUUAUUCAGCAGAUAGGUCAUGCGAAUAAAGACAAAUACUCUGUCAUGAACUUACAGAUAUUUCUUUCUUUGGUAUCAGAUUCUCAGAACUAAAAUUGUAAGAAACAUCUUGGGGGGAAGGCUUAAGUGAAUAUAAAACUGUUUUCUUGGUAGCAUUCUUGCGGCAUUACGUCGACAAGUCUUUAUGAUAUUUCACACUAGUGAAAGCUUUUAAUGUUUUUGAAAGUAAUGUGCUGACGUUGGCGAAUGGUGUUUCUUUUACAGACAACAGACAGAUUGGAGAGAGAUCGCCUUAUACUCUUUUUGAAUGCACUGAUCAAAAACAAGGUAAUCUAAAUUAAGAGAGAUGAAAUAUAUCAAUUGCUGCGAGCGUGAGACUAUGAAUAAAGCCAAGUCAAAUCGCUAAAGUACACGCUGAUAGUGGAAAAAAUGAUGACUCGAACUAAAAUCUCAGCGGUUUUUUAAAGAAUUCUCAAACCAUGAAGAGUCUUUCUUCUUUAUCCAGUGUCUUUCUUACGUUGUGCUUUAUUUAACACGGUGUUUGUUUCUUGAUGCAGAAAAAUGUAAAAGAGAUGAUGGAUGUGAAUGGAAUCAGAGUUCUUGUGGAUCUUCUUACACUGGCCCAUCUUCACACGUCAAGAGCUGUAGUGCCACUGCAGGUAAUGUCACUAGAACACUGGUCGCAAAUGAUGACCCUAAAACGAGGAAGUAGCUGAGUUCGGCAGGGAACACCUCUUUUAUCACUGUGUGAAAUGUAUCGUUUUCUUGCUCAUUAAAAUAAAUUUUCCAUUUGUUUUAAAGAGUAAUCUGCUUGAGGCAUCUCCUGAAAUGAUGCAGCGUGACAGUGAAAAAGAGUGGUACUAUGGAAAUAAGGAGAAAGAGAGGCUGGGGCCAUUCAGCUUUAAAGAGGUAAGUGUUGAGGCUUCAUUCUUGAUGUAAGUAUUCAAAUAACCGAUAGACUGACUGACUGACUGAUAGGGUAAUUUAUCAACUGAGUCGAUAACGUAAAUAAAUUGGCCAGGCUAACGCUCGAAACGUCAGGUCUGAAACUCUUUACGGUGGCCGAUUUAGGUUAUCAACUCCGUUGAUAAAACUAAACGAGCCUGUUAUACUCUCCUAUCGACGCAGCACCCCCUCUGUUCAUUUCACUGACGGAUUGACUGACGAACAGACUGAUUGAUUGACUGACAGACUGACGGACCGAUUGACCGACUAACUAGCAGACUGACUGACUGAAUAAUUAACAGGCUGACAGACUGGCGGACAAACCGAUAGACUACCUGGGUAACCAGAUGUCUGCCGACUAGAUAAACCUCUGAACCUUUACUUCCUUAAAUAAUUCGUACUAACCUGUCCCUGUUAACUCGUCGGUGUCUUAAGGAAAUAUAAUGUUAUAGUUUACAUAAACACGUAUACUGUUCGCACUAAUGGACAGACGUACGGACGGAUUUACGGUCAUGACGUAAUAACAAAGUUAUGUUGGCUGUACACCACUGGGCUCUUGUAGCACCCUUGGCAUGUUAGAACGCUGCCGAUAUCUCUGUUUCUAUUUUCCCAGAUGAAGGAUAUGUCAGCUGAAGGAAUUCUCCGACCUGAAACAAAGUGCUGGGCUCAGGGUAUGGAUGGAUGGAGACCACUUCAGAGUAUUCCGCAGCUCAAGUGGUAUCUACUGGCAACAGGCAGUGCAGUAAUGAAUGAAACAGACCUGGCUGUCUUGAUCUUGAACAUGCUGAUUAAGAUUUGUGAAUUUUACCCCAACAGGUAAAAAUGAUGGUGAAACCUCAAUUCAGGGAACUUCCCUAUCACCAUAAAAAGUGUCCCUAUGAACAGAGGUGUCCCUUCUGGACAUCAGUGCCUUUUACUUGAUACAACCAAGAUAAAGCUUACAUUUUGUGAAAUAAUUCAAAGAGUACUCCAACAUGGUGUUACGGAGUUUGUUUGUAAAGUGAAAUUUCGCACUAGUGGGAAGUAAAGAUGCCAUAUCAUUCAUUUGUUCAUCUCUUUUUUUUUUUUUAUUUACCAGAGAUGUUGAUGGUGCCAUAGUGCGGCCUCUCCCAAGAGCGAAGAGAAUGUUGUCAGAAGCAACAUGUUUACCCCAUUUAGUUCAGGUAUUGUGUCUUCUACAAGGGAAAAAUACUUGACAAAUAGUCAAAGAAAGUCCAUGUUGGUAUUCGUCUGUUAACAGCCGAAAUAAAUUUUAACGUGCGGGUUAUUAGGAAAAAGUUAAGCCGUUUGUAGCAAAAUAGCGUUUCAACCAUCUUUGAUGUAGAGCGAAUGGACGAAGGACUAACGCUCGAAACGUUAGUUUAAGAAACUCUUUACAAUGGCCAAUUUACACUAUCAACUCAGUUGAUGAAACCAAAUUUCCUGGUUUGGUUCCUUUUAAGCUGGUCCAUAAAUUUAUUUUUCUUGUUACCUUCUUUCAACAGCUUUUGUUGACCUUUGAUCCUAUCAUUGUGGAAAAAGUGGCCAUUCUUCUUCUAAAUAUGAUGGUGGUAAGUAUCCUUGGUAAGGCAGCUUUUUUGAAUGGUGGCACAGUUGUUUUAAUUGUUGUUUGUGGAUGCUUCUCGCACACGACUGGUAGCUAUGCAAGGCUCACCGCCAUAACCUGACCCUUUUCAACUAAACUAUGAAUUCGCAUCAUGCAAAAAUGAAAAAUUGCGCAGUUGGUAAGGUUUGUGGAUUGACUAGCGACUAUACAGUACAACUUGAAAUCCUUUCGGUGGGUGAAUGGGAAAAGGUCACUACUUGCAGAUGAAACAAAACAACUUCCGGGUAGAAGUCGUGGAAUUCAUUCCCAGGCUCCAGCAGUGUGUGAGAAAAGCUUGUUCUACUUAUUUCGUUUCACUUAGCCAAUGGAUAAUAACAAUUAGCACAGCACAUGAGACAACAGUGAAUUGUUGGAUACAAGUUUCAAUACUUUACUUUCUGCUGCUUUAGGACAACCCCAUCCUUCCACGAUUGUACCUUACGGGAGUGUUCUUCUUUAUAAUGAUGUACACUGGAUCAAAUGUUCUUCCCAUUGGAAGGUAAUUUCUUUAUACAGCAAGCUAUCGUUAAGUUUCCAAAGGAAAGACUUUCACUGCUCUUUUGAACACUUUUUUUCCGUUCGCUACUUUAGGGAUUUUCGUUAUCAAAACGUGCAUGAAGGCCAUAGGAAAUAAAUAAGAUUGAAGCAAACCUUAAAACAUACUCACAGCUUUUCGUUAAUAACAUUACAUUUUGUGGUUAAAGUUAUUUGCAAUAAUAGUCAAUUAUUUAGAAAAAUAUUGAAUGGUAGGAUAUCAAUAUUUAUUUGCAACAAGCAGUUGCAGUUUGAUUAACUGGCGUUAAAGACUUCUUCGGUCCAAGGGCUGUUAUCUUCGAGGGGUGGCAAGGUUUUUCCGUCGGGUUUUUCUAACAGCUGGCGAAUUUCAUCGUUACCGCAACAAAAAGCUUUCGCCUUGAAGCCUCUUUUUGAAGUGUUGUAGUUUUCGCAACUUAACAGAAGAAAUAUUCCCAGAAAAAUAAACAAUUUAAGAGAGUAAAUUGUUGCAAAAUGAAACUUUGGUGAUUGUAGAUGCAUAAUCGCAACACAGGAAAGUUUCUGUAUCCAGGCAAUGUGCUUAACUUAUCAUUUUUCUUUGUUGCUUCUUAGAUUUUUGAAAGAAGUACACACUAAACAGGCCUUCAGAUCUGAAGAGGUGAGGAGGAAAACUGAAAUAUGGGAAGCUUUUUAACGGGAGAAGCCAUAUACGUAGUUCCAAUCUCGCCUUAUAAUUCAGUUUUGUUAAGCAGUUGUUAUUUUCCUGGUCCGACUCUUAGUCUCAUGAGUCAAUUAAUUCUUCUUGCAGAGUCAACAGUCAGAUUUGUUCCAGAGGAGCAUAAUCGGGCCCAUUCUCCCGGAGGCCAUGGUCUGUUAUCUGGAAAAUCAUGGUGGGUUGCAGUUUCAUGUGACUUACACUGCAAUCGAAUCAACCAAUGUCGAUUUUUGACUGGAAUAACAGCUAAAGGUUUUUAGAGAAAGAUCAAAAACGCCGAUAAUGAAUAGAGCCCAAUUCGAUUGCAUUUUGUAAAAGCAAAGUAAUCCUAAAGGCAUUGAAAUUAUUGGGAAAUAUGACGAGAAGUCAAUGAUAGCUUAAUGAGUAAAAAGGCGGGAAAAUAUUAAUAGCGAAGUCGCGGUUGGUUUAGCUUCGCAUCUGAUUGGUCGAGAAGACGGCUUAAGAUUUGUGAACCAAUCACAGAACGAAACCAGCGCCAUCCCGAAUUCCUACAACACUCCAUCGAGAAAAAUAUCAGAGAAAAAUAGUAAACGACUCCAAAAGUUUGACAAUGUGAUAAAAAUUCAAGUGUUGGGAAGGAUCAGAGACUUGUAUAAUAGUUAUCCGCGACUGAAACUGCGUCAGAUAGAUUUAUAGACGUUCUAUUGACAUUCAGGUCCUGACAAGUUUGCUGAGAUUUUCCUUGGCGAGUUCGACACACCAGAAGCCAUUUGGAACAGUGAAAUGAGGUAAGAAAGAACUUGGGUUUACUGUGCGAUGACCUCAAUCACAACUUUACUACAUUUGUUUAUGUCCGGUAAGGUUUAUGUACUGUUUAUGUCAUCUUCAAAAUUAAUUUAAAUUAAAUUUUAUUUUGACCAAUGGAAGCAAACAACCCCUGAACUUUGCCUCCCUUCCAACAUAUGGCUUCGUAGCUCAGUCGUUAGUAGUACUCGCUCAGUAUCUGUGAGUCCGUAGCGUUCAAUCAGUAGGGACCUUAAGCAGUCAGGACGGUAACGCCAAGGAAGACUUCGAUUAAGAAAUGAAUUUCUGCCUUUAGUUAGAAUUUCAAAAAUGGCUGCAUGUGUUUACCGUCUCAUACGGCGCCACACCUCAACUUCAGCAUAACGUAUAAAAGAAUCGUUGAGUUCCAAAUGGAAUUAAAAUAAUUUGCCGUCGCGGUUUCGGUUCGCAAACGACGCAAAUUGUGGUGAUUUCAUGUUGUUGUUUUGCAUAGGACGGCUAAGAAAUGUACAAAGUUUUAAAACGCGCGUGCUGAGCUGUUGUUCUACCAAUUAUAUCUUUUUUUUUUUCCAUGUUCGCGUUACCGUCGCCGUUGUGGUUUGCUUAAGGUCCCAAAUAUCUGGGAGGCGUGGGUUCGAAUCCCGUCGAUGCAUGAAUUUUUUUCAGGCUUCUUUUGUGCAAUUUCUUUGAUUGCAAGUCACCUGUAAGGAUAAAUCUCUUUUAGGCGGCUGAUGAUAGAGAAGAUUGCUACUCACUUAGCGGAUUUUUCACCAAGAUUACAAAGCAACACUAGGGCCUUGUACCAGGUAAUUUCGCAUCGUGCUUUGAAAUGAACUGUUUGCAGUCUAUGUCGGUUAUUUCCUUCCGUAACCUUCCUCAUUCUCUUUUGUGUGUUACUACAUCGUUGGAAGAUUCUUCCAUACAAAACUGUUUUAGGCUGUUGCAUUUAAUGUGAGUGUAAAAUACGUAACUGCGUUUCAAACGAAUACUUGGAAAUUAUUAUUUUUUGAUUAGUCGUCGAAACUAUGAAAAGUUGUAUCAGAAAGCCCUAAUUAAUAUAGAAAGUGAAAAACUUUCUUAACGCUUUCAAUGGCUUUAGUGCGUUUUUUUGUACCAGUGGAGACUUGAUUAACGGACAAAAAAAAAAGAUACCUGAAAAGUCAAAAUCUAUCCAGUGAGAUGAUUUAAUCCCAAGUAUAAAACAGUUUUUUGUUUGUUUGGACAAUACCUAUUGGUAGCCUUCUUCUUCUUCUGGUUGUUUACCUCAUGUCGUUUUUAUCCGCAGUAUUGCCCUAUCCCAGUCAUAUCCUAUCCUCAACUGGAGAAUGAACUGUUCUGUAAUAUCUUCUAUCUGAGGCAUCUCUGCGACACAGAAAAGUUUCCUGAUUGGCCAAUCAGAGAACCGGUAAGACUGUACUUUUCAAACCAACUUCCGAUUGGCUUUGCUUUGUAACUGGUUCAAAAGCGCUUGCGCCACCGUCUAAGCCAAUGAAACGUGUAGACGGAACAGAUUGUCACGUGGUCGCAUCUUGUUUCCGAGCUUCGCCGCUGGUCACGUUUGUUUACUUCGAGUUGUCAUAACUCAUACUGGCGCUCAGUUUUUAUAUCAUUUGCUGUUUUAUUCUCUAUGUAUCUAACUUCAAUUGUUAAAUGAUACUUGUACCUAACGUAAGAUUCUUGUCCUAUUCUGCUUUCAGUUUCUUAAAUUUGCCUUAUAUGAUGUAAACAUUGUGUGGUAAUAAUUUUCCUUCUCUAGGACAAACUGAACGUUCUCUGUUUUUCUUUUGACACUCUUGUUUUUUGUAGAUUCGGCUGCUCAAGGACAUUCUAGAAGCGUGGAAAAAGGAAGUGGAAAAGAAGCCUUCGACAUUGACGGUAGAUGAAGCAUAUGACGUUCUGAAAGUCAAAAGAGACCCUUCAGGGUAGGUACAGACACUAUGUGAAACAUAGCAUGCAGUAGCACGUGAAAGUACCGCUAAGUAACUUUCAGUGAUUGGUCACAUACUAGAGUUUCCCCUCAGGCUUAAGAGACUGGCUCGCUACAACUUGGAACUGCCUCUUACGGCAUAAUUCACGGCUUCCUUUGAAAUGCUGUUCGUAUGCUUCUAUAUGAAUGGUCACACAUUAGAGGUUUAUCCACUGACUCUAAAGUUAAAAGUACGUCUACCUUCUGCUGCAUAAUAAACAGUACCUCACGAAAGUACCACUCAGUGGCUCUACUAUGAAAGCUCACAUACCGCGGUUUUCAUACCCAGACUUAAACAUUAAAAUCGCCUAGUGAGGUGUAAGAAACAGUUCUACAUAAAAGUACUUCUUAAUGGUCAAACUAAGGGUCUGGUAACCAAUUCAGAGAUGACAGUACAGAGCUGUGAAAUGGAAACAGCCCUUGUUCUUUGUUCUUGUCCUUUGAGCUACAACCUGUCAUAUUUGACAGUGCAAUCCUUCUGAUUGUUGUUCUGUUGAAACCGCAGGGAUACCAAUACAGGAGUUUUCGUGCUAGAAUUCUUUAACCAAUAGAUACACUAGCCCCGUGCUCCUUGUACAUUUUAUCUCCUCAGUUACGAAUGUGAUGUGUUCAUAAGGCAUGAAAACAAAAUUGCUAUAUAAAGUAUCCUGUAACUGCAUAUCCCACUGCGCGUUUCGAGAUUACGCGACUUAUCAGAUCGCCAUCGUAGAUUCUAAUGCGGCCUUAUGAUUGGUCCAUGCCUCAUUUGCCGGCAUAUCAAAUUCUGCCCUCUGGUUGGUUAUGGGCUAUAGUCCUAUUACUAAAGCUACUUUAUUUUCCCUACAGACUUGUCGAUGAGGCGAAAGUUAGAAAAGCUUACUUUAAAAUGGCGCAGAGGUACCAUCCAGAUAAGAAUCCAGAAGGAAGGGUAAGACUUUACCGUGUGUAACAUAAAAAUGUCAGCUUAAAGAAAGUGGGAGUUCUUUGACCCACGUGGGUGUCAAAACGAAGAUCAUCCUUUUUUAUUUAAAAAAGAGCGAAAGAAAAAAAAAAGAAGAAAGAAAGUAGUUACGUAGCGAUGUUUUGUAUCAUCUUCAGGGCAUGAAAGAAUUAGGAUGAAAUAAAAAAAAGUAUUGAAUAAUAGUGCGCCAAUGUCGUGGAAGCCACAAUGGCCCAUCGGUUAGCGCACAGGUCUGUGGAUCGAGAGGUUUGGGUACGAAACCUGGUUUGGGGCAUUAUGUUGUGUUCCUGGGAAAAACACUUUCCUCUUACAGUGCCCCUCUUAACUUAAGAGUAUAAAUGGGUACUGAUGAAUUGUCAGGGAAAUCUGACGAAAUGGUGGGAGAAAACGUGCUAUUGAAUAGCAUCCCAUACAGGGGGGAGUGGUGAUACUCCUAGUUUGCUUUAUGCCUGAUUCUGUUAUGAGUAAGGUAGAGAAGAAGCUGAUUGGCUAAAGAUGGAGAAGAGUAACCAGGCCUCGAAGGGAAAACUCUGAUAAUAAAGCAAAUGGUUCAUUUUUUUUCAAGGGGGUAAACUUCUAACGACACUGUGGUGCCACUUUAAUGGAGGAAGAUACUUUGGUUUAUCAACAAAGUUGAUAAUUUAAGUUGGCCACCGUAUCGUUAGAAACUCUUUACGGUGGCCAAUUUACAAUUCAUACUCAGUCGAUAAAACCAAAAACCCUACACCCCAGUUUCUAUAGAAACGUACUCCCUUACUCUUUAAUUUAAGAACUCUUUACGGUGACCAAUUUACGUUAUCAACUCAGUUGAUAAAACCAAAUUAUCCAGGAGUAUUUCGUUGUUUAAUUUCCCUUGUUCUUCUGUAGGACAUCUUUGAGAAAGUGAACAAGGCUUACGAGUUCCUCUGUUCCAAAUCCUCUAAGCAAGUUCAAGGACCAGAUCCGCAUAAUAUUGUACUUAUUCUCAAGGCUCAGUCCAUUUUAUUCAAGCGACACAAAGAUGGUAGGGUUUUGAACUUAGUCACGCUCUCUGUAACUGCCUCUUUUACUUGUAGUUCCUCGCAGACUAAAGAAAACGUUAAUUUUUGUCUCGGAAAUAAGUCAAGGACAGCUAAUAUUGUUGUAAUCUCAAGAAACUACAUGCUUUGGCUCUCCAAAUCGGUGUAACUCAAGAGUGGUUUGCGACAAAAGGAGACUUUGAUUUGGCAUCCGGAGAUAUUUUUUCGUAAGGCUCUAAGUUGCACAAAAGCUUUAUUUCUUGGGGAAAAUUGGAAUCAAUCAACAGAUGGAUUAGUUAUUUAACGCAAGUAAAUAAUCUUACACCUAUUAUAUCUCAAAUUUUUCUAAGUUUAAUUUUAUUUUAAGACGCGAGUAAAAUGAGAGAUGCUAACUUUACGUCAUUCUUUCGGUUGACAUUUUGAAAGCAGCUGGUCAAAGUUGUGUAUCUAACCGGUGCCUGGCCCUCAAUAUAACCUCUGUCAGACUUAAGAAAGAGAAAAACCAAUUAGUUUACAUGAAAUUCAACUCAACUCAUAGAUUCCGUGUUGCUGUGCAUAUGUUCAGUAACAGAGAGUGUCACUGAUGUCUUCACUACAGUUUGACGUUUACUUUGACCUUUCAUCGUUCGGGACCCCGGCUUUGUUAAUGGUGACGUCAUCUAUGCGUCUUUCCUCCUAUUUGGUCAUAAGUGAGAACCAAUCAAAAAACGUGCAUAACUCAGCUUAUCAUAUAAAUUGGUUGAUUUUAUUGCAGACCUUCAGCCAUACAAAUACGCCGGCUACCCGAUGUUGAUUAAGACCAUCAGACUUGAGACUGUGGACAGCAGUUUGUUCUCAAAGUCAGCACCACUUCUUACAGCUGCCAGUGAACUGGCUUAUCACACGAUCAACUGCUCUGCGCUUAAUGCCGAGGAAUUACGUAGAGAAAGCGGAAUUGAGGUAAAAGCAGUUGUGAUAGAAGGUUAACUAGAACUUCUUUAGCCUUCUGUGCUGGUGUCCUAAUAGGAAAACAGGGACAACGAGCUUUUGAAAGCCGCCAUUUUUAUGAACGGAGAUGGGAGGAGGCGGGCUGAGAUAGCAGACCUGCUCCUUUCCCCCCCUCCCCCUCCCCCUCCCCCCCUCAACUGUUUUUUCCUUACCUAUCGGUUCCCCUCUCGGUACGAAUUUCUCUUUCUUCACCAUUCUUCCUCUGAUCGAAAAUCCGAGGUGAUGGUAAAAUGUUUCACGAAGUAAUACGGAGCGUCCGUUUGUAAAAGUACACUUUCUUUUUUUGUCAGAACUUUUCCAGAAUGAGUUAUCAAAAUAUUAGAGAUUCCUCAAAAUUGUCCAAAUGAGUUAUCAAAACAUUAGAGAUUCCUCAAAAUUUCCCAUCAUGAGUAAGUUGAUUACUUAUUAUGAAAAAUCUUUUUUUGCCCGACUUAACGCCUUUUCAUGUCCUCUAUCUUUGACUUAUUCAGCUGGGCAAAGUCUUUCACUUGUAAAGAGAAAAAACAUAAUUACCUGUGUUAGUUGCCUUGUGAGUAUAUUUUUGUAAGCGUUAGGUGAAAAAAGUCUCGUUGUAGUAGAUUCUAAAUGCUCUUUCAGAUAACUAACAUUUGCUUGUAUUUAAUUUGUUUUUUUACCAGGCACUUCAAGAGGCUUAUGACCGUUGCUUACUGGCUAUUACUGGCAUGACUGAACCGAACGCCAUUCCAGUCCAAGUAAGUUAUUUUACAAUACAUGUCGUUUCCUCCGCAGUAGGAAAACAUUUUUCUCAGUCUUCGACCCUUUGACUCCUAAGAGUAUCCAAUAUCUAAUUUCUCCUUACAAGAUCACCUUCGAAUCAUACAUAAAGGUCACGAGAAUAUAGAAAAUGAUCACCAACUAAAGUAGCUCUUGAUUGUUAAACAAAUUCUCCUUGUCAGCAUUGUAGGAAAUGUACAGAGAACAGUAUGGAGAAUAUGCAUACUGAUGUUAGGUUGUAACAAGUGUCGUAGUAGAUUGUACGAAAACCCAUCUUUUAAACGACUUUGUAGAAACCCUUUCUUGUUUGCGUUAAACUAAUUUUCAUUGCUAAUUAGAAAGUUAGCUACUGCUGUGCGUUAUUUUGUAAAGUAAGGAUAAGAUGUCACCCUUUGUUGUUUUAUUUUCUUGUUUAGGUUUGCACUCACAUCACGAGGUGCUACACAGUGGCAGCCCAGUUUGAAGAGUGCCGAGAGAAGAUCACUGAGAUGCCAGAUGUUAUUAAAGAUCUUUGUCGCGUCCUUUAUUACAGGGUAUGAAAAAAUGCUGCGUUCAAAGAUCGUGGCUCGUUGUCUGUAGUAGCGUGUACUUUAUAGUGAAUUGCUUAUCAAGUAGGGUGCUUUUUCAUGGAGUGGUUUUAAACCAAAAUCAAAGUAAUCACAACCAAUCAGGCAAAAGUAAAAUGUCUUUCAGAGUCAAAGAAAUUCAAAGUAAAAUCGAUCAAUUUUGCCAAAGUGCAGGAAAACACAAGCGACCAAGUCGUGGUUGGUUUUAGUUUUGCAUCUGAAUAAUUGAGAAAGUGGCGCGAAUUUUCUGGGCCAAUCACAGAACGAAUUUAUGCGAAAGCAAAGCAAUCCCGGGUUCUUAUCAACACUCAAUUCAAAAUUAUCCCAUGACAUGAUUCAGCUUUGUUAAACCACCGUAGAAAAUUUUAAAAGCUGAUCUUUCGAGCGUAAGCGCUUCGUCGUAAAGCAAAAACAAAGUAAUCACGACACCCAAUCAUAUCAAAGGUUUACGUCAUCUAAGCUAAUGAGGACUUAAAGUAAAAACAGGCACACUACCAAAGGCGCGAGAAAACGCGGACGACCUAGUCACAAGCGGUUUUCGUUUGGCGUCUGAUUGGAUUAGAGAAUGGCAUGAGUUUUGUAUACUUAUCACAAGCCGAAGUGAAGGAAAAUCAAAGCAAUCCCGGAAUACUUUCAACACUCAAUUGAAGACUACUCUAAACUUGAUAUCCAACUUAUAGUAAAAGCUUUUUUCUUGAGGCGAAUUUGAUGUGGGUGUUUUGACCAAAAGUGAUAGGGUAUUUUGAUAUUUCACUUCGACUAAGAGCUGUCAUCUUUUCUUUUAGAAUCUUCCAGCGCUCAAUUCUGUAGCAGCAGAAUGUGUCAGUGCUUUCUCUGUGGAUUUCUGGCUUCAAACCCAACUAUUACAGGUGAAAAACAAAAUAUGAGAGAUGUGAAAGGGAUGCGCAUGGAGCAGUUCAAAACCGCGGCUAUAAAAAUAUUUUAACGUCUUUGUUAUCCUGUUAUGUUGCUGUCAAACUUUUUUUUGUAUGUGUUUCUUGUGCUUAGCGCCUUAGUUGAUUAAAUUUUGUGGAGUUUCGUGUACCUGACCUGUGGUUUCUCGUUGUAGGCUGGUGUACUGUGGCAUCUACUCUUGUUCGUGUUCAGUUACGAUUACACACUGGAUGAAAGUGGAGUGGAGAAAAGUGCAGAAACGAACCAGCAGGUUUGGAGAGCAGAUAAACGCGUUCUGUAAUGGCCUUUAUUCAAAAAUCAACGAAUAAUUGAAUGAUUGAACGAAGGAUUGUUCAAUUAAAAGUGCAAACGAGAAAGCAGAGGGAUAGAUGGACGCAUAUUCGCACGCACACAGGCUCGUAUACUCGCUCGCACGCACGCACGAUAUCGUAGAACGAAGAAGCAAUCUUUUGAGUCUAUGCCGACGAACGAACAACACGAUCAUUUUCAUUUCUUUGUUUACAGGAAACUCUGAACAGUCUUGCUCGUCUGAGCAUUGAUGCUCUGGCUCGACUGGGAGGAUAUUUGAGUAAGUAAAACAUUCUUCCUCGUUCAGCUAGUUUCUUUCUUUAACAAUACACUGCUUUGCGAAAAAAAAAAAGCAGAGAUGAUCAUUGAGUCACUGUACCAGAGGGGAGAUCCCUCAUGUAGAUGUUUUAAAGGUCAUAGUGGAGUUUCCACUCUUCGCUGUCCUACACGGAAAGCUUUCUUUUUUCUUUUACUUUUUUUUUCUUUUCUUUAUUUUCAUCCUCUUUUACGCAGAGAUUAAAGUAAGCGAUUCUCCAAGCAGCGUCUGGCAAAUGCAUAAUUUUAUUUUCUCUGUUCACUCGCAUUCCCUUUUUCUUUAUUUUUAUCUUUUUUUAUUUCUAGUAAACUGCGUGAGAAAGCAGUUCGUAUCGAAUGAGAAAUCAAACAACGAAGUAAACCUUAUCUGUUGUAUUCUAUAUUUUUCAGCUGACGAAAAUAAAACCCCUGAGAAUCCAGCCAUACGAAAGUCUUUGUCCAGUAUGUUCACACCGUAUAUCGCCAAACAACUCAGCAAUGAUAAUCCAAAGGAGGUUAGUAAUUUAAUUCUUUCCUCUUAUCUGCGAUCAGACGUUCUUAGGCACUUCCCCGAGAAAAGGAAGGUGCGAUCAAAGGUUAACCUCUCCCAGGCUGGCGACAAACUAGACCAUGUUAUUCCUCAAAUGCAGCUAAUUUGAUCCGCAUCUGAUUUACGAAUUUGGCCAUUGAUUAAAGCAGGCUCACCUGACGAUUCUGCAAAGACCUGAUCGAGGGCAUUUUCCACCACGAAAACAUCGUCAUUAAUGAGCGUCAAAAAUCGAAGUGACGGGCACUCUUGGCUAUACUCGCCAUAUUUCGCCGGUCCUAGCGUCAUCGUUACCUCCAACAUACCAGGCGAUUGUCGCUGAUCGCUGCGCUAUAAGAGUCUGUUACGAAUACAAAGUUCAACUGUGCUACAUUCUUUAUAUCAUCCCCUCUCACCGAACACGCUUGCUGUGAAUUACAGGUGUAAAACUCCAAAUUGUGUGUAAGUAGUAAAGUUGAAUUUUUUAUUGUCUUUUUGUUUGUUUUGUUUUUGCAUAGAUCUUAAAGUUGCUGAACAGUAAUACGGAAAAUCCUUAUCUCAUUUGGGAUAAUGCUACACGUGCAGAACUGACCGAGUUUCUCGAAGCCCAACAACUACGAAAGAUCAAGACGGUAACUGACUGAUUAAACAUCGUAAAAGAAACUUGAAGAUUUGUGCCAAGUACAGCUAUCGCUAUUAAGCUGUAUGAGUUUCAUGGAAUACUUUCUGCUUGUCGUAAAAUUGUCAAAAGUUAGAGGAAUACUUCUAUAAAGAUUCACUUAAAUCGAAAGAGGCUACAUCGCCGUUGGGUUAAUUUGAAAAAAAGUAGCCUAAAUUUGUCAAGUGCGUUUUUUUUAGUCCAUUUCGAUUCUUUCCAUCCUUAACCUCGUUCCCAGAGUCCUCCCUCUUCCUCCCACGAGAGAAGAGGGUGGACCUUGGGAAUGAGUUUACUCUAUCCUUAGCCAUCCUUGUACGUUUUUGGUUUAUUUGUGCCUAUUUCAUGUUUGUCUACACAAACUACUACUGAUCUUGAGGUUGAAUUAUGAAAAGGCGAUUCUCUAUCACGCUAACAUGACGCAAAACACAAUGACGUAUCUUCGCCAAGAUUUUCAAGCUCGUAGUUUGCAAUUCGUGUCAAUAUCCUCCAUCCUUUGGCAUCCUUAUUGGCUGAUACUGACGUUUUGUACCUUAGCAAAUCAAGUCAUUCUUUUUUUCGCUGAGCGUUUAUAGGUUUAGUUAUAUUUGAAAGCCAUUUUUCUGCAUCAUGACAAUCACUCGAAAACAUGCCAAGCUGGAGACACACCUGACGAUUUUCGCCGAUCGCCGCAAUUGGCGUAUGAAAUCGCCUGGUGUGUCAUCGGCUUCACAUAUCUACUGUAGACAUGAUAUUGUGUCUCAUCUCAACCUUUUUUUUUUUGUUUUGUUUUUUAAGGGCGACUGUGAUACUUCGUUUGGGGCACGCUUCACCUUCUCAGUUUUCAGUGAAGAACUUAUUGUUGGCGAAAUCUUUGUUCGUAUUUACAACGAGCAGCCUCUGUUUCCACUUGAGGUACGCUUCACACCCCAGAGAGUGUCCACUCAGCCUUUUAACUCCCAAUAUCCCGUUAGUAAUUCUUCCCACUGACUGCCAUCCAUUCCCACGUAAUAUAGUCAGAAGAGUUUAGUUUUACAUCAAGGGGACACCAUCUGGCUGAUAAGCUUUUCUGUUCUCGUAACCCGUUUGUAAGAUAACAUAUUGGAAUGGCAAUGAGAAGUUGCAUGUUAAUCACCUCUAUGCAGGGUUGCGUCGCGUUGAAUAUGGUUCUUAAAGGCCACAUGUAAAUGCCGCUUGGUGUAAAAGUUCAGUUUCCUCGUAUUCUAGCUCUUCAUGAUAAAGGUUUUACGGUAGGAACUCAAUGGCUACUAAAAAUUUAAGAAUUUAACCUGUGUUUUGUUUUGUUUUGUUCGUUCGUUAAUUUUUUUUCUUCUGUGUUGCCUUUAGGCUCCAUUAAAAUUCGCAGCAGAUCUGAUCGACUUUCUUGGUUCGGAAGCACAGGUAGGGAAACAGCAGAGGAAGAAAAAGUUUCUAUGCAUGAUAUCAGAUUAUGAAUCGAAGUUACAGCUAAAACCAAAUAGUAUUUUGUGUUCUCUCUUUAUUUCAAUGGUUGAGCUUUGUAAAAAUAGGUACAGCUUCCUGUUGGCAAAGGGUAGAGGCGUGUUAAGAUUGAUACCAAAUUUUCAAUGGUUACGUGGUGUGAGAAAAGGACCAUGGUAAAGGUGAUAUGGCCUGGGGUAUAUCCUGUCUGAUUUGGUAUCUUUUUCUAAAGAAGUCGGAGGGGGAAAAUUGAUUAGAAUGUCGAUACCGACGAUGCUUUUUUUCUGUAAAUAGAAAAUAAGUUCUUUUCUAUUGGCUGGUUAUUCAAACGAUGUCCAACUUAGGUCGUGGUUGGGAACAGUAAAUGGACCUCAAUAGUUGUUAAUGAGUGGGUUGUUUGGAGUGUAAUCAUGUAAAUGUUUAUCUAACGGUCGACAUUGUUUCCAAAAAUCAAUCUUUAGUGAAAAGUUUAGAUAAAUUAGAGAUGGUUUGGAUUGAGGUUUUGCCACUGAAAAAACAAACAUUGGGUAUACCACUUGCCCCAAAUGUGUUUAAAUUUUAUUUCAUUCAAAAUGCCCUAGUUAUUACUUUUUCUAAUUAACUCUUUUCUUUUUUCAUCUCAGUACCUUCAUUCAGUUAUGGCGUUGACGGCUUCGGAACUGGAUCUCAAGAAGAACCAAAAAAGACUGGACGCUAGUGUUAUGGCCCUGGAGGCACUACGAAACGUUAUCAAGAAUAACGCAGGUAUAACAGGAGAAAGCGUUACUUGGACGUCACGCAAUCGCUCUUAGAUGCAAAAAAACGAGUAAUACGAUUGAAUAUGUGACCUGGGUGUGCGUAUAACUCAGCGACGCUUGCGUGACUAGUUAAAAGUGACGGUUGCGAUGUAAAAUUUUAAUGCCUUUAGUUCGCAACUUCGUAUUUCUUUCUACAGGCACCGAAGCUCAAUGCAUAGGACAUUUUAGGCUGAUUUUCUCAUUACUUCGAAUGACUAAAGCAACAAAACUCCAGAAGUUUGCUCUUGAGGUAAGGCUGUAAAUACUAUGUAUCUACCCUGAAUGUGUACAACAUUCGCAUGUUAAUAUCGAGCGCUAUACACGGUGUAAGUGUAUUGUUUAUCAACCAUUUUCAUUGCCGAUGUCAAGUUCUCAUUAUUUACACAUUUUGGUAGUUCCAGUCAUACUACCGUUGUAGCUUUGAGAAUCAUUGGGAAAUUCAGACAGUUUUUCUUAAGGGAUGAAUUUCUAUGGUCUCUCCAGUUUAGAGAAAAUUAAGUUUUUAUUUUUUUGUUUUCGUAUAGGUCAUUUCGUGCACAACAGCCAACAAGAACUGUGUUUCCAGUAUUGCUGAUUCUGACAUUCUUGGCUUCUUAUUCCUUACGCUCCACACGCUUCCUUCAGGUUAUUAGUAUCAUAAUUAUUAGUAUCAUAAAUAUUCUAAUAUAGAAUAUCAUUCUUACUCUCUUUUCUCUGCGCUAUACGAAACAAAUUUUUUAUCGAAGGACAACAUCGACAUUACAGCACCGUUACUGUUGAGAGUAACUGAAAGAACGAUAAUAAAUCAGGAUGGAGAAGUUCAAAGCAAUUCUCAAAUAAGUGUCGAAAAUAAUCUGGGAUUGCAUUGGUUUCGCUUUACCCCUCUGUGAUUGGUCUAGUAAAAACUCGCACCAUUCUCUCAACCAAUCAGAUUCAAAUCGGAAAAUAGUUACGACUUGGUUGCCCGUGUUUUCCCGCGCAUUAGGCAGUUUGCUCGUUUUUACUUUGGGUUCUCAUUGGCUCGAUAGGGUAUUUUCCUUUCUUCUCAUUGGCCGUCGUGAUAAAUUUGGUUUUGUUUUUUACGACACAUAAUCAAAAAGCGCAAUUAUUGGAAGACACGUCUAUAACAAAGUUAAGAAAUAGUAACCAUGUCCUAUUUGGACUAUCUUGGACAAGUUUUAACUCACAGGGAGUAGUCUGAGCACUUUUAAAGAUCUUCGUUGCGGCUAGUUCAUCUCCAAAAGUUCAGUCAUUUUGCGUCAAGUUUAUCACUUGAAAUCCGCGUCAAUCUUUUCAAUCCUUUGCAAUCCUCGUUCGUUCUCGGGUCAUUAUUUUCUUUUAAGUGUUUUUCUGUCUUCCCUUACGUUCAAAUUUUGCACUUCGCUAGAAAGGACUCAAAUUUUCCGUGGUAUGACACCUAUACUAAGAAGUUAGAAUGAAGCUGUAGGUGUCUAAAAAUGUCUUCAUAUGCGCCAGAGUCUGGAACAAUUACCAUCAAAACAAUUCUCAUCGAUUUGCUUAUUUUUUUCUUUUAUUGUUGUUGUUGUUGUUGUUGUUGUCCUCAUUUAGAUCGGUUGUUGACUGUUGAUACCAUGCAUGCACUUUGCUCCAACACGAAGAUUGUCAAGGAGACAAUGCACAAAGGUAAGAAGAAUUUCCACGCUCCAAACUGCGACCGUUUUGGUUUGGUGACGAGUGAAAAGAAGACAGCGGAAGCAGUCGCCAAAAAUUGCCUCUUUUUCCACGAUUGUCCAAAUAUUAAAACUUCAAAUUUUGGGUAAAUCUCUAAAACCGAUUGCCAGUCACAAAGUUCAUUAUAAAACCAAGGGCUUUGCUGAGCAGAAGAAAAUGUCUUAAUUUUUUUCCUGUCAAAAAUUGUUUUGACCACUUCGUGAUUCUGAAUCAAAACAAAUGAAGAGGGUAAAUUUCUGCAGAAACUGUGGUACUGCGUCGGAAGGGGAGUAUAACUAGAGAAUUUGGUUUUAUCCACUUAGUUGAUGAGUCAACUAGCCAUUGUAGAGAGUUUCUGAAGGUGAUGUGUCGAGCGUCAGCCCUCCGUCAGAGAAAAUAGAAUGAAUUCGGAUAGAAUCCUAUUCGCUCUUUCGAAGUGUUGGUGGCCAGUUUAGAUUAUCAACUCAGUUGAUAAAACCAAAUUGCCUUGGAAACUGUUGAGCUUGGAAGUCUGAGGUUAGAUAUGGCUUCGUGGAUGGGGAAGUCAUGACCCCUUCAUGCUUUGUAUGUUACAAACUUUAACCAUUUAUUUCUCUCUUAGGUGGUCUUAUCUAUCUUCUUGACCUGUAUACUAAUGGUACAAACCCAGUGGUGCGGGAAAGGUCAGCGGAGUUGUUUGCGAAGAUGAUGUCGGACAAGCUAAUUGGACCAAAAGUCAAGAUCGUGUUGUCCAAAUUCCUGCCCGCCAUCUUUAUGGACGCCAUGAGAGAUAGCGCACAAGCCAGUGUGCACAUGUUUGAAGGUAAGAAAUUACUUGUAGUCCCUAUACAGAGCAGAUGCGCUCUCGCCACACCCUCAUAUUGCGAUCAGUCAUUUUUUAACUGCUCCUCAUACGGUUAUCUCGCCCCUCGUGCAAAGAACGUAAACAAACUGUACUGCAGGGCUAAGUAACGAACUCCAUCAUUCUCUUUGUGUUUGUCUGUUUGUUGUUCAGCAAAUCAGGAGAAUCCGGAGUUGAUAUGGAAUACAGAAGCCAGAGAGAAAGUCUGUUCGGUGGUGAAAGAGCUGAAAGACAGGUAAACCUAACUGAGUUUUAUUCUCGAACCUUAAUGAACCUUAAUGAACCUUACAUCGCAUAUUCCUUAGACAUGCAUUAACAAGAACAACAGAAACAACCUUCUUUAUUCGUAUGAAACUGUUUUUCUGGAAGACAGGACAAUGUGCUUUAAAAGCGACAUACUCAAAACAAAGGCAGUUCUAAGCUGUCAUUCCUUUGUACAUGGAAACUGAAGAGACAAGCCAGUCGGGUUCCCCCGUUUAAAAAUGAAUGUGAUGAUUAUUAAGGUGACAUUCUGAAAAGCAGACCCAUUUCCUAUCCACCUUGGUCGGAAGUCACUGGAAGUAAGUUGCUCAGUCCAACUUUCCAAACAUGAUUCGGAGAAAAGAUUGCGUGACAAGGCUUUAACUCAGCCUUGACAUAUAGCUUUAGUGCCAUGUUGAUUGCGUUACUUUUCGUCUUGCAGACAUUAUCAGGAGCAGAAAGACAAUCCCGACAUCCAGUGGAAGGUGAGUAUUGAGCCAACCUUCGUUUUACAUUUAAUCACUGGUAUGUAGAAAUUCUAGAAAGUUUGUUCCGCUUCAGAAUUUUACAUAUUUUCUCUUUCCUUCUACUUUAGCUUCCUGACAACUUCGAAGUGAUGUUUGACGAAGCUGCUGGAGAAUUAAUCGUGGGUGGAAUUUACCUCAGAUUGUUCAUACAGCAACCGGCUUGGGUAAGUAGUUUGAAUCACGUUCGGUUUUGUUGACAUGAAAGUCAUUUUUGGGCAAAUUACUUUUAAAGGAAGCCGAACUGUGGUUGGUUUACAGUAAUCUGACGGGUGAAAUUCGUUGAAACUCCCUCUGAAUUGUAGUUGGCAGAACUCAUGAAUUAGAAAAAUUAGAAAAAAAAUUUAGAAGUUUAAAAUUGCAGUGAAGUGGCAUCUAACGUCCAAAUCACAAUGUAUUGUAUUUUACGUUAAGAAAGGGUCUUUCUUUCGUUUAGCUCGAUGGUGAGUACAUUUUCACUUUUACCUCAGGUUCUGCGGAAGCCAAAAGAAUUCCUUGUUGCUCUUCUACAGAAGUUUAUUGAACUACUCUCAAAGUCUUCUCAUGUAAGUGUUUCCUGUACCUUCAAAUUUAUUUUUAACCUCUUCUCUGAUGUGAUUCAUCUAUCUUUUUUUGUUUUUCGUACCAUUAUUGUCUUUGGUGUGAACCUGUCUGACCACUUGUGCAUGUAUCUUGUUUAACUUGUCUGACUGGUUGAAUCUUACUUAACCUGUUUCAGGGUGAGACUCUGGAGACUGUUACCCAGGCCGCUCUAUGUCUUUUCACUGCGCAACCACAACUUGGAGACCAGGUAUUUCUUAAAAGACUGACAGAAAAGAUAACAAUCUAGAUCUGGGAUCUUUUCGAUGUUUAGAUCUAUAAAUUCGCACCAUACCCCUGUUUUGUUGAUAUGUUCGAUAUCUAGACAUCCACCGUUAUGGAUUUGCUUUUCAACAUGGCAACUUUACGAUUAGUCUGAAAAAAAUGCGAAAACUGUGAGCGAGUGUAAAGAAGUAGUGUUAUCUUUAGGUUCCAGGUCUCGGCCACAUUCCUAAUUUAGUCAAGGGUAUGAGCUCCAGUAAUGAUGCAGUCAUCAAGUCCGCUGUACAAGUGGUUCAUUUACUCUCAGCUAAUGAGGUGAGGCGGGUUGUCAAGGGUGAAAUAUCAUUUCCCUAAAAAAUCACGAUUAGGUACUGCAAAAUCGUACCAGUAAGUUCACGUGAAUCCUGGGAGGAUGGCAGGUAGCUGAAACUGGAUUUGGCAAUCGUCAGUAAAGCAAUUUUAUUUCGUACAUCCGUUUGCUAACGCGAUUGUUUUUUUGAAGUUAACUUUGUAUUUGCAUAGAAGAAAAAUUCAGAAAGUGUAUUACCGUAUGUAUUCGAUUAAACGCCGCCGUCGAAUAGACGCCGUCCUCGAAUAAACGCCGCAUUUUAAAGCGGAAAUAUUAAUAGACGCUGCAUAAUCAUGCGGUGUUUAAUCGAAUAAUAGACUCAAAAAGCACACUGCGAUCAUUGCUUCGAUCACAGUUGGAAAUUUUGAGUGAAACAGACACAAAUCCUUUUGAAUGUUCUGAUGUCGGGAAAGCAUAUUCGACGUAGUAUCUUUAUUCAGUUUACGUAUUGCAGUCGUAUUAACAUGCAAAUUGUGAAAUUGAGAACAAUAUAAAAAAUAACUUUCAAGACAAAAGCUGAAACACGUUUCUGUUUUUUUAAUUAAAAUGGUCAGUUACCCUUCUAUUGUUUGGAUUAUAAAUAAACGCCGCACUCGAAUCACGUAAAAUUUCAUAAACGUCCCCGCGUUUAAUCGAAUAAAUACAGUAAGCAACAGAUAUCAUUGCAAUAGCUGAACUCUAUGAUUAAGAAUCUCAUUUAAACUACAAUUUUACACAAAGUUUGUGGAUACCCUGCAAGAUAAGUUUCACCUCCCCCUUUCCUCCUACCGGCGGUGAAUGCCACCAGAAUUCAAACUUCAGUGGCAUAGAAAUCUAAUUCGCGUUGUGCGACCAAGUGUGUGGAAUAUAACAGAACAUUUCAAUUACCGUGUGGAUACUGUUCAACUUUGAGGGGAUGUUCAUCGCAAAAUCCUUGCAGAUGAAAAAUUUCGCCCUGUUAUAGAAGAUCCUGAGAUUUCGUAAGGGGGGGAGGAGCUUGUUAGAUUAGCUGGGGUUAUUAGAGAGAUCUACGUAGAAGUAUUGUAACCACAAAGUGUUAAGCCGAGAACUAUGGGUAGGAAUAAUGGAUUGCAAAAAAAUUCUCCAAUUGCAGAUUUGUGUUCGAAGCAUGGCCCAGGUGACUGAUUGCAUCAGUCACGUGAUCAAAGGAAUGGACGCGAGACCAGAUGUAGUGGGUUUGGCUUGUGAAGCGCUUCACAGAAUGUUCGAAAAGAAUCACACAGAGCUUGUUGCGCAGGUAACGAAACUGAGAAAUAACUUCCAUGUCGCACAAGAGGUGUUAUGACAUACUGUGUAGAUCUGAAUUCAAAAUCAGUGGAUUAAACUCCAAUCUCAUUCCGAGGCUCAUCUCUCUUCUUUCCUCGAGCAGGAACCCUGGUUAUGACUAUUUACGUGCCUAUAAAGACCAAAGAACGCUGUUGAGAGGGUGGGUCCUAUCAGCGGAAGGGACCAAGCGCGAUUGCUUUUUAAACUGUUUCCCCCAACUCUUAUUUUAAUUACGGAUGAAAAUUUUACGAAGGAGCGCCUCCUUCGAUUUGGAUUUUUUGUUAUCCCGCAAAUUCUGGGACACACGUGACCAGCAGCAAUUAAAAUCCUCUCUCUUCCGCGAGAAAGAGAAGAGGAUUUUGGGAAAGAGGUUAGAUUUGACUCUAGUGGUUGACCAUUGACAAGAAAGCUUCUGUAGAGUACUUUCAAGUGGCCCUGUUUAUCAUGCAGUGCAAAGGGGCUAAAAUGUUACAUUUGUGGCCAAAACUCUAGUGUGCAACCAUUUAAAUUAAAGCCACUAAGACGUGCUUCCAUGUGGUACUGAUUAUUAACUCUCUACACCUUAACAUCAGUAUGCAUAUUCUCCUUACUUUCCUUCAUACGUUUCAUAAGCUGCUAACAAGGAGAAUUUGUUUUAUUCAAUUAACAACCAACAGUUUUAGCUGGUGAUCAUUUCCUUUAUUCUCAUGACCUUCAUGUUUGACUCAUGGGUGAUAUUAUAAGGAGAUAUUAGAUGCUAAUCACUCGUAGGGUUUAAAUGGUUAAGCUAUUUAAGCUGUUUUUGCUUUAUAUGUAGUCCUGGGGUGAAACCCCAUGUGACCAUUAAAACGAAAGCUCCAGAGCAGCGCUUUCUCUGAGUGAAAUCAUGGUAUGCGGCAUCGAAUGAAGGCUUUAAGGGGAGUAUCUCUCUCUGCCUGAGAAUAAAACUAAUUUGUUUCCCUUGUUUGUGGACUCUAUUUUCCUGUUUAGGCGCUCAAAUUUGAGUUAGUCCAGUAUCUUUUAAACCUUCUGAACGGAGCGCUCAAAACUGUAGAGAAUCCUGCAGCCACCAAAGCUCAAAUUGUCAAGGCUCUGAAGGCGAUGAUACGUGACUUGACCCACGGCGAGGAGGUAAUAUCCGAUAAGAAAAUCUUUCUUUUUGUAGGGUGAAUUUUUUUUAUUACAAAACCAGUUAAUGUUACUGUGUUAUUCGUGAUAACUUAGUAGUGUCAGGUGAGUUAGAACUAUGUCUGAGAAAUGCCAAAUACUGCUUUGCUAUUGGAGAAAGAAGAGGCUGUGUAGGGAUUAGCGAAUUCAUUGUUUCAGUUAAAGUUUGAUUUUAUUCUUCUUUUUUUUUUUUGUCCUAUUACAGAUCAACAAGAUUCUGGAAGCUUCCACAGUGUGGGCCUCGUACAGAGACCAGAAACACGAUCUCUUCAUAUCGGACAAACCUGUGGCUGGCUACCUGACAGGGGGCGCUGGAGUUGCUGGCUACCUGACAAUGGGCUCUGGCAAUGCGAGCACCAUGUCCAGCGUGCCCCCACCUGUGGACCGAGUGGAGAAUGGUAGCUGAUGUCACGUGACAUUGGAUGGUGCCAGUCAAUAGUUAAUUAGGCAGGCUGUGUUUACUCGAGCGUGACAGAGGAUACUUUGUACUUCCUACAUCACCAAAACCAUUACAAAUGUCAAAGUUUUUUCAUAAAUUAUUUAUUAUAUUAAUUUUUGUUCAUGUUGCGAAUUCUUAUCCAGAUGAUUUACAAACUUUUUCCGAAUGGAAGGCUGUUCGCAGUUUUCGUAACUGAUACAUUCAGCUAGCGGAUUUGACAAAAUUUUGCAACAGAGUUUCGUCCAAGGAAUCAUGUGUUUACUGCGUUUUUCAGCGGUUAGCACAACUGAAUUUUUUUUCUUUUUCAUAUGUAAACCUUCGCCGCAAUUCUGGAAAUUCUCUUCCUUUUUAACUUUCAAAUAUACUUGUAAUUAUAUUUUAGGCAACUCGCUAUAGAAUUCCCGUAAAUCUUCUCUACUUUGGUGAUUGUAUGAAGGGCUAAAGGACACAUUGCGUGACUCACGGUAUGAAACUUUGGUGCGUCACGCCGCAUUCUGGCACGCUCAUUCGAACACAGCCUUUUGUUAAGAAUUGACGCAAAUAUUCUUUAGUGAUAAACAUUGCAAUUCUGCACAAAUCCAAUCGGGUUUGUCGAAGCCAGUUUCCAAAUUUAGAUUCAUUCGAAAAAUCCAUGUUUCGUGAUAUUUUAUUUUAACUGAAAAUGUCGCAAAGAAAGCUUAAAAACAUAAUAUUCAAGUCGAAGUAGAUCAUCUGUGGCGUCGAUUUGCGUUUCAUGUUGUUGAAAUAUUUACGGGUAGCCAGAAAUUAGUACAAAUUAAGAAACAAGUAAUUUAUUUUAAUUUUCACAGAAAAUAAGUGGUUAUAGUUCUCUCUCAUUUGGUAAAGUCACGAAACAAGGUCACGUUUAGCUCAUUAACCCACAGGAUCGUUUAAAAAUUCCC